AUGCCUGUCCUCGCUUCUGCCCGCUACGGCAAGGACAAUGUCCGCGUCUUCAAGGUCCAGAAGGACGGCCCCGUGCAGACCGUCACCGAGAUGACCGUCUGCGCUCUCCUCGAGGGGGCCAUUGAGACGUCGUACACCGUCGCCGACAACUCGGUCGUCGUGGCCACCGACUCGAUCAAGAACACCAUUUACAUCAAGGCCAAGGAGCACCCCAUCAACCCGCCGGAGCUCUACGCCUCCAUCCUCGGCACCCACUUCCUCGACACGUACGCCCACAUCUCGGUCGCCAACAUUCGCGUCACCGUCCACCGCUGGACGCGCCUCGACGUCGACGGCAAGCCGCACCCGCACUCCUUCCUGCGCGACGGCGAGGAGACGCGCACCGUCGAGGCCCGCGUCACCCGCGACGGCGUCGCCCUGACGAGCGGCAUCCAGAAGCUCACCGUCCUCAAGUCGACCGGCUCGGCCUUCCACGGCUUCGUCCGCGACGAGUACACCACCCUGCCCGAGACCUGGGACCGCAUCCUCUCCACCGACGUCGACGCCUCCUGGACCUGGACCUUCCCCGAGGGCCUCGCCGCCGUCGAGAAGGACGUCGCCCGCUUCGACGCCGCCUGGGACGCCGCCCGCGCCAUCACCCUCAAGACCUUUGCCGAGGACGAGAGCGCCAGCGUCCAGAACACCAUGUACAAGAUGUGCGAGCAGAUCCUCGACGCCGCCCCCGAGACCAAGACCGUCUCCUACGCCCUGCCCAACAAGCACUACUUUGAGAUCGACCUCAGCUGGCACAAGGGCCUCAAGAACACGGGUGCCGAUGCCGAGGUCUACGCCCCGCAGUCUGGCCCCAACGGCCUCAUCAAGUGCGAGGUCGCUCGUUCGUAG